AUGAGCUAUCGUUCUUAUACAAAUAAAACUCUCAACAAUAACUGGUUUGAAGAUCGCUUUGCCCCAAUUCAAGACUGCCAAAAAUACCCCGAUGAAAGAAUCGUCAGAGAACGAGAAGAUGCUAUUUCCUGCCUGGGAGCAGCAGGAAUCCCUAAAGCAUUAAAUGCAUGGGGCCGUCAAAAGAAGUGGAAUACAACUGGUGUAAUCCCAGACGAUGGCUUCCGUGAAAUGUACCCAAUAAGUAAAACAGAAAUGCCUGAUCCUGCCAAAGUUAAAGAAAAAUUUCAAAAGCCACCUUCAAUUUACGACCCUUCAACUGGGGCGACUAGGCCAUUGAUAAAUAAGAACACGAUAUCAUCACUAACCCACAAUGAGUAAAUUCUAUUUAGACGAGAGUUACCAGGUCCUUCUGAAGGUUUUGGAGCUGUUUUGCCGAAACAUCCUCCAGAAUGGGAAAAAAGGUAUUUUGAAACUACUUAUAGAGCUGUCCACGGGCACUCUGCAGAGCCAAAAGCGAGAGAAAAGGUUAGCAAUGAAGACCAUUUCACCACGACGAACCAGAUUUACUAUAAACCUGGCUUAAAUGAUGCGAAUAAAGUGGCUGGGAGUUCUCAAAGGGCUGGAUUUAUGGAGCUUACCGCUAAACAAAAAAGAGAAAUUCUGUCUGCUGAAAUUCUAAGGACAAGCUCUGAUCCACAGCACAAUACCAAGCUGCAAAGGACCUGGCUUCCUUGUGAAGACCCAGGGGUUAAGGCAAGAGAAGUUUUUGGAGUUCUUGGGUCAGUUCCCGACAAGGACAAUGAAAAUUCAUUACCACUUGGAAAAGGUGACUAUUUCAAAAAUGACGUGAAAUUUGAAUCUGGUGCUUAUAGAAAGCUGAGAACUGAAAUUACCACAGCCCCUUCAGAGCACGUGCGAAUGGGAUUCAGAUAG